AUAAUUAGUGGUAAUUUUCCAAACAGCAAUAACAUUUACAAAAGUAGACCUAAUAUUUCUCCGUCUCUGCUUAGUGCAAAUCGAGCAGCCACCAACCUCCGUUCCCCGCGGCGUUCACUGCCAGUUCUUUCCGUUCGCCUUCCUUACCUCACCGCUAGUAGCUUCGAUUUUGGUGCAGCCACGAAACCCUAACCAUGGCACACAGGUUACUCAGAGACCACGAAGCCGACGGUUGGGAGCGUUCUGAUUUCCCUAUAAUAUGCGAAUCCUGUCUCGGAGACAGCCCCUAUGUUCGAAUGACAAGGGCAGAGUAUGACAAGGAGUGCAAGAUUUGUACACGGCCAUUCACUGUGUUUAGAUGGAGACCAGGCAGAGAUGCGAGAUAUAAGAAAACUGAGAUAUGUCAGACAUGUAGUAAAUUGAAAAAUGUCUGUCAAGUGUGCCUUCUGGACCUUGAAUAUGGACUACCUGUUCAAGUCCGAGACACAGCUCUUCAUAUUGAUUCCAAUGAUGCCAUUCCAAAAAGUGAUGUUAAUAGGGAGUAUUUUGCCGAAGAACAUGACCGUAGGGCUAGAGCUGGUAUAGAUUAUGAAUCUUCUUAUGGCAAAGCACGCCCUAAUGAUACUAUCCUGAAGCUUCAAAGAACAACCCCUUAUUACAAAAGAAACAGAGCACAUAUUUGCAGUUUCUACAUAAGGGGUGAAUGUACCAGAGGAGCGGAGUGCCCUUAUAGACACGAGAUGCCAGAAACUGGGGAAUUGUCUCAACAAAAUAUUAAAGAUCGUUAUUAUGGGGUGAACGAUCCAGUGGCCUUGAAGCUACUUGGCAAGGCAGGGGAGAUGGCCACACUGGAGGCUCCUGAGGACGAGAGCAUCAAAACACUCUAUGUUGGUGGGCUUGAUGCUAGGGUCACUGAGCAGGAUUUGCGGGACCACUUCUAUGCCCAUGGAGAAAUUGAAUCUAUAAAAAUGGUUCUGCAACGGGCUUGUGCUUUUGUAUCAUAUACUACCCGAGAAGGUGCAGAAAAGGCAGCAGAAGAACUCUCAAACAAACUGGUUAUUAAAGGCCUAAGGCUAAAGCUGAUGUGGGGCAGGCCUCAGACAUCAAAACCUGAGUCAGAUGGCUCUGAUCAAGCUAGGCAGCAGGCAUCUGUGGCUCAUAGUGGAUUGUUGCCUCGGGCAGUUAUAUCACAGCAACAGAAUCAGGACCAAACACAAGGAACAUUUUUCUAUAACAAUCCACCACCUAUGCAGCAGGAAAGAAGCUACUACCCAUCAAUGGAUCCUCAAAGAAUGGGUGCUCUUAUUUCAUCUCAAGACGGACCUCCUGGUGGGCCUUCUGGGUCCGGAGAGAACAAGUCCAGUUUGGAGAAGCAGCAAAUGCAACACUAUGCCCGACCAAUGAUGCCUCCUCCACCUGGCCAAUAUCACCAUCAGUAUUACUCUCCAUAUGGUUAUAUGCCGCCAGUCCCCCCUUAUCAACAGUACCCGCCACCUCCAUACAAUACUGCUGUUCCUCCAUCCCAGCCGCCCGCUCCAAAUCAUCCUUAUCAGCAUUCUACGCAACCAGGGUCUUCACAGACAGAGUCUGUACAGGCUGCACCUGCCCCAGCUGAAUCUGGAACAUCAACAUCAGGGUCACAGCAGCAAUGAACUUGCCCAUAUACUGAUGUUUUUAGUUAUGCUUAAUUUAUUCCUUAAACUGACCAUGACGGAAAAUAUUUCCACCCAAGCUGUCGAUUUACUAUCACUACUACCUUGAUAUUGCUUGUGUUGUGGCUUGAACAAGUUAUUUUCUUAUUUGAUCUUGUGCUUUUGUAA